CUAAAGAAGGAUGAAGAGUGAAACUAGUCAAAGCCAUUACCUUGGUUUAUCCAAGAAUGCACCUAAUAGCUAUCUUUAAUAACUCGGGUGUUAUGAAAACAAGUUGAUGAAGCAUAAGAGUAGAGUUGACAGAUGUUUAAUAUGUCGCGUUGGCUGUCAAAAAGCCUAUAUUUAACAAUCUGAUAUAAUUUGUGGUUGCCAAUAACAACGAUAGUAGCCUCGAAAAAAAUAGCAACUAAGAACGAUCCCGAUUUUAUCGUGUCAAUAGGGAACUUCUCGAUAAUGGAUAGGUUAAAUUCGGCGUCAUCGUUGCAAACUCUCAAAUCUUAUCUCGAGCGAUAUGAUAGCGCUGCAACAAACUACAAAUACCAUUCAGUGGUAGUAGAGAACAUAUUGAUGGUCAACCCGGAUUUUGAUUUACAGCCAUGGUUGAUCCAGCACUACCUGAAUCAUAAUCCUGAGGAUUUGAUACGCUUAUAUCUCAAGUUCGGAGCAUUGCAAAGAGCAGCCAAAUUCGCCUCUCUCGUGAUCAAUGCAGCAAUGAAACCAGAUGAACUAAUUUCUCGCCAUUCUAACGCGCGCUGGCUGCCGUAUUCUUUGUUGGAUGAAAUCUUUGAGCAACUACAAAAGCACAUUCAACAUGCAGAGGAUCAUGGGACUACCAAUGACGCAAAGUCGAAAGAUCAGCUGAGAGACCUAAAGAAUAUUCAACAGCAACUCAAUGAAGAUGUAAGACUGUAUCUUGAGAAUGUACAGCGUGAAUCUAUCUUCUAAAACUAGUGAUAAAAUCCCAUUCGCAUUUAACAAGGGAAUAGAGGACUUGGCUUUUGUAGUUGAGCUUUGGUUGAAUCGAGAUGUGAAUAAACAAUAAAUUCUGCAUUCAAAAUGUUGGCAGGUCU